AUGUCUCGCCCUGCACACAGAAGACCAGAAUACCAUAAAAUAAACAAAGAUCUCUUUGUCCUCACCUAUGGAGCUCUGGUUGCUCAACUGUGUAAGGAUUAUGAGAAAGAUGAAGAUGUAAAUAAAUAUUUAGAUAAAAUGGGAUAUGGCAUUGGAACACGGCUGGUGGAAGACUUUCUGGCUCGGUCUUGUGUGAGGCGAUGCCACAGUUAUUUGGAAAUUACAGACAUAAUUGCCCAGGUCGCUUUCAAGAUGUACUUGGGGAUUACACCAAGUGUGACCUGUAACAAUUCAAGCAGAACUGCAUUUUCCCUGAUUCUAGACAAGAAUCCUCUGGUGGAGUUUGUGGAAGAGCUCCCCGCUGGGCGGUCCUCUCUGUGCUACUGCAAUCUACUCUGUGGGAUUAUCCGAGGUGCCCUGGAAAUGGUUCAUUUGGUUGCUGAUGUUACAUUCUUGCAAGAUAGACUAAAAGGCGACAGUGUGACGGAAAUAGGAAUAACAUUCCUGAAAAAGCUAGAUGAGAAAAAAUACAGACGGAAAAAAUGAAGAAAAGGAUGCAAAAUG